GCCAGCAGCCUCCGCGCCUGCGCGGUGCGCGCGCAGUGCCGGCGGCAGUCAUGGCGGCUCGGUGCGUGAGGCUGGCGCGGCGCAGCCUCCCGGCUCUGGCGUUGUCUCUCAGGUCCUCUCCUCGGCUGCUAUGCACAGCUACAAAACAGAAGAACACUGGCCAAAACUUGGAAGAGGACGUGGGUCAGAAUGAACAGAAGACAGAUCUUCCCUCUACAGAGAAGACACUCAUGGAAGAGAAGGUCAAGCUGGAAGAACAGCUAAAGGAGACCAUGGAAAAAUAUAAACGAGCUUUAGCAGAUACUGAGAACUUGCGGCAGAGGAGCCAGAAAUUGGUGGAGGAGGCAAAACUAUAUGGCAUCCAGGGCUUCUGCAAGGACUUGCUGGAGGUGGCCGACAUUUUGGAGAAGGCAACGCAGUGCGUCCCUAAGGAAGAGAUCAGAGACGAUAACCCCCACCUGAAGAACCUGUACGAGGGGCUCGUGAUGACGGAGGCCCAGAUCCAGAAGGUGUUCACGAAGCACGGCCUGCUGCGGCUGGACCCCGUGGGGGCCAGGUUCGACCCGUACGAGCACGAGGCCCUGUUCCACACGCCGGCUGAGGGGAGGGAGCCGGGCACGGUGGCGCUGGUUAACAAAGUGGGCUACAAGCUGCACGGGCGCACCCUGAGGCCCGCCCUGGUGGGGGUGGUGAAGGGGGCUUAGGCGCUCUGCGCGAGCCCCCCGCGCUGGGGCUCGGCCUGCUUCAUCUCUUCUCCUCUACGAAUGCUCUUGACCUUUUCCUAAACCUUGCUGCGAGGCUUUAGUAACCAGUGGCUCCACAGACCAGGAAGCCAGUUGCGCAGCUGUGUUGAGGAACUGGAAUUCGGGAGUCUGUUCGUUGAUUUGUAACACGUGUUUAAUAGCUCCACGUGCUCACAGAACAGGCCCACGGGACACGACUGGACCCCGGGGUAUCGUGCAAAGCACUGUGUCUGCUCAGACCCUGGCGGCAUCAGGGUGUUGGAGAUGAAUAAAAGGUCUUCGGGAGUCCCGCUGUUUGCUCGCGGCCGCGCCACGUCCUCUGCGUUUCACUGUCACAUGCGAGCUCCUGGAAUGCCUAGCCCACCGCCUGUCACCGGUGAUGGGAAGGCAAGAGUUUAUAAACAUUUUUCUUGCUAAGAAAACUUUUAUGAUGCCCUUGGUGAAGAACGUAUUUGAGUUCAUUUAUAAUCAGUUACUAUCUCGCUGCUGAGAAUGACCAUCUUCUGGCUUUGGAAGACGUGAGACCAGUGGGCACAUCCUAACAUUCUCACCUCCUCCUUUUGCCAGUAACUGAUUUUGACAGUCAGUUACUUUUGUCCUGUUUUGUUCCUUUCUUUAUAGACGUGUUGAAGUCUAUACCCAACUAGUUACUGAUGACCUGAAGGUAUUUUCCCUAGUAAGAUGGACUUGCUUAGAAAUCUGAGGACUGCAUGCUUGGUAUACUUUAAAUGUUGAGUUUUAUUUAAGAGGAUUAAAGCCCUGGUGUUUAUUUUCCUACAUUCUGAUAACUAUUUU